AUGAAUGCAUUAUUCGACAAUUUGGUGUAUUCAGGGUCUACAUUGAAAGAAUUUAUUGAUAAGUUUGAUAAUGCAUUGAGGAAAAAGGUUGAGAAUGAGAAUGCAGCGGACUUUAACUUGUUCAAAUACACAAUUCCAUGUAUAUCUCAUUUAUAUGUUGAGAAGAAAUUACAACAGUUGUACACUAAUUCCAAGUUCAAAGAAGUACAACAAGAGAUAAUGGGGAUGAUAUAUUGUAAUUCUCAUCUUUAUAAAACAGAGGGCGCAAUUUCAAUGUAUCAAGUGUCCGAUCAAGUACAUGAUGACUUCAUCAAACCGGUUACAUUUUCAGUUUACUUUAACGAAGAUGAGUGUGAGGCAAAGUGCAUAUGUGGAUUGUUUGAAAUGAGAGGAAUUUUGUGUAGACAUAUUCUUACUGUUUUCUCUGCCAAGAAUGUGCAAUCGUUACCUUUGAAGUACAUUGUGGACCGGUGGAGGAAGGAUCUAAAACGAAGAUAUACUUUUUUACAAAACAGUUAUGAUGACUUGAGUGGUAAACCUGAUGCCCACAGAUAUUCCUGUUUGUUAAAGAGAUGCUAUGAAGUAUUAACAAUUGCAUUGUCAAGUGAUGAUCAUUUUGUUGAUAUGAUGCGCCAGUUAGAUGUGAUGGAUGAGAAAUACAGUAUGGCAAAGAUCGUGAUGGAUGAGAAAUACAGUAUGGCAAAGAUCCACUGA